UUCGGCGCAUAACGUUGUAUUUCCAACUGGUGCAAUAAUCAGUUCUGUUCAACAUUUGAGCAGUAUAGGAAUCGACGCGCUACCAGAGAAAGUGUUUUAUUUACUGAUUGCUAUUCACCGGCAUUUCACACGCGAUUCAUUGCGCUUCGAAGGAUGACAACGGAAGUGAGUUCCGAUCCGAAUCGAAGCUGGAUCGAUACCGACUAUUUCAGGCAUGUUCUUGGAACGUAUUUCGGCGACGAUGUAGUUGUUGUGAGUUAUUCCGUCGAAGACGGAUCGCCAAUAGGACAAAAUUUCAUGAAUUCGAUAAUACGCGCCACUGUGACGUACUCUCGGCACAGCGAUGAAUGGUGCACGAUUUCGUUGAUAUUGAAAACAGGGUUGCCCAAUCCGGAAUUCGCCAGAAAUGAGCGGUACGUACUAGCAAUCGAAAAAGAUAUCUAUGGACCAGUUAUGCGAGGGAUUGGCGAUCUUUUAACCAGUUUUGGAGAAUGCUGCCGGUUUGGACCAAAGAUGUUCUACGAAGACAUUAACGCGCUGGUCCUGGAAGAUUUGGCGGUUAAGGGUUAUACGCAACCGGACCGAAAGGCGAGGUUAGACAUGAGCCACUGCAAGCUGCUGAUGAGGAAGGUGGCAAAAUUUCAUGCUGCGACAGCUGUUUUAGGACGUACGAACCGAAAUCUUUUUCAACUUCACAUGACCAGUGGUUUUUUGGACCAAACCAAUGCGAUUCGGCUGUACUACUUGAACUGCAUAGCUGAGUGUAUUGCGCUGACUGAAACUGUGCCUGAACUGGGAGUCUAUCGUGAUUUUCUCUGCAAUUUCGGCAAGACCAUGAUUGAGCGAGAAUGCAACACUUUUUCACGGGAAGAAGAUGGUUUCAACGUUCUUAAUCACGGAGAUCUCUGGCAGAACAAUGCACUGUGGCAAUAUGAUAAGGAUGGAAACUUGCAGGAUGUUCUUCUGAUUGAUUAUCAGGAGUGCUUUUAUGGUUCGCCAGGAAUUGAUCUGAAUCAAUUUCUCUAUUCAUCAGCCAACAACGAAGUGCAACUUAACGGGUUCAGCGAACUAAUUCAGAUAUACGUCGAUGAGCUUCAAUCGACCUUGAAAAAACUCAAAUACGACUCAAAGAUACCAACGUUGGAUACAAUUCUUGACGAGAUGAGAAAAAAACGUGAUCACGCUGUAGUCGUAACUACUUGCAUGGUGCCAGCUUUGAUUAUCGAGGCACCGGAGCUGGCCACACCUGAAAAUAUGCUUGAAGACAGCGACCAGGCAAGACGAGCGCGACGAGAGGUUUUCUCCAAUCCCAGAUUUGUGGAGAUUUUGAAAAUUUUACUGCCCCAGCUGGUCAGCGACUGGUGUGAAACAGCUCCAGGUUGGUUGCAUAACGACUUCCUACUGGAAGUGAUCCGAAAGGCUCAAAAUGACCCUUCCUUAUGGCUGUGCCAUGGGUGCAAAUUACGCCCGGAAGCGGUUCACGGUGAUCGGAGAGCGAGUGUUUUGUUCCGAACGACGGUUCACUAUCGCUCGAAACGAUUCCACAACGAGCAGGCCAUCAAUUUGAUUACGAAAAUAAUACCCAGCGAAAAUGGGUUGUCUAAUGAGAGCUCGAUUCUGGAUACAGAAGUGAGGAUGUACAACGAAGUGUUACCGGCAAUGGUGAAAACGUUGAAAGAUGUUGGAGAAUGCAUUGAUUUUCCAAGAUUGAUCCACGCGAGCCCCAAACCCAACACUAUCCUUAUCCUCGAAAAUGUUCAUCCAUUGGGUUGGCUGUCGUUCAAAAAGUACAGAAGCACGUAUGAAGAUGUUACAGCAACAGUUCAUGCCAUUGCAAAGUUUCAUGCCUUAUCCUACUUUUUAAACGAAACGUCUAUUGAUCUCUCAACCUUCAAAUCACUGAACAAAGUGCAAGACCUGCCCGGUAACAGUUUUACAAGCUUCGCGGAUGAAGUUGAAACCUGGGCGAAUUGUGAAAAGUUUUCCCUGAAAUUCCAACUCCUUGAAGCCUCUGUGCAGGAAAAGUUGAAACAGGUACUCAAGGCAAACUCCAAAUCACACGGAUAUAAUGUCCUCAACCAUGGAGCGAUCCAUCCAAAAAAUCUUUUUUAUAAAGUCAACUCCACUGGGCUAGUCAUGAAGACGAUGCUAAUCGAUUUUCAACGCUGCCAUUGGGGAUCGCCGGCCAUAGAUUUGCUCUAUUUGCUGGAUUUAGUCGUCAAGCAUGACGUUAAGGUAGCCAAGCGCGAUGAAAUCAUCUACCAGUACUAUCAGCACUUUGUCGAAAUAUUGAACAAGAUCGGUUUCCUGGGCACCGUUCCGAGUCUAGUUGAUUUGCACAUAGAGCUGCUCAGAAAAGGGUUUCUCGAGGUGUUUCAUGACGUUGAACAGCUGGGAGACUCAGAUUUGAAGAUCGACCAAUAUCAGUCUAUGAUUCGAACCGAUAUGAUGCACUUAUUGUACAAAGAGUAUCUGGAGGAUGUUCUGCGCAAGGAACAAUGCGAAAGGGUGAUUAAUGUUAAAGAGUUCAGUGUAGUGAUGGCGUUGGGCAAAGGAGAGAACUAUUCGAGCGAUAUAUUGCGAGUUAAAGUCAAUUAUGUCACUGGAAGCAAUAACCACAGUGCUCACGCGGUAUGCUCGACGAAUCCUAAACAUUUAAUUUUUGAAGAUUUAGCUCAAAGUGGUUUCCGAUCAGCUGACCGGAAACAAGGACUCAAUUACACUCAAUUGGAAAUGGUCUUGGAAAAGAUCGCCAAAUUCCAUGCCGCAACAGCGGUACUGUUUAGCAAGGACGAAGACACCAUGAAAGAUCACCACUAUCGCAAUAUCAGUGAAGAUGUGCAGCAUUUCUAUUCACUUUUUCAAAACAGUAUCGUCAGCUGUGCGGAACAGGCACAAAGUUGGCAAACAACUCCGAAAAGCAUAACGCAGAAGCUGUUCGCUCUAGAAAAAACUGUCAUUCCAAAGGGCUGCCAGGUGUACACCCGCGAUGAUUCCACCUUCAACGUUUUGAAUCACGGAGAUCUUUGGGUCAACAAUGUGAUGUAUAAAUUCGAUGGAAGGGGCAAUGCCAUCGACUGUAUCCUGGUUGACUAUGCUGUUGGAUUCUUCGGUUCCCCUGCGAUCGAUCUUAGUUACCUGUUGUUCACUUCUUCAGCGGAUGAUAUUACCACAGAUCAAUUUGAUCUUUUGCUGCAAUACUACCACUCGCAUCUGGUGGAUUGCUUGGUGCAAUUGGGUUACUGCAAGAAACUGCCUACCUUGUUAGAUAUUCAAGUGGAAAUGUUGCGGAAAGGGUUUGUAGGAAUCAUGUUCGCCACCUUCCUAAUACCACUACGUCUGAUCGAGGAUACGGAAAAUGCGGACAUAGGAAAUUUGCUAGGUUCUUCUAAAGAUGCGGUAGAAUUCCGACGAAUUAUCUUCAGUCAACCGAAGUAUAGGGGAAGAAUGGAAUAUCUGUUGAAAUAUUUCGACCGGAAAGGUUACCUUGAUUAAGGAUUAAUAAAGAUACUGAAAUGUAUA